AUGGUAACUUGGAAAUUUAUUAAAAUAUUACCGACUUGAAUUUCAGGUUGAAUUGUCCAAAGCAGAGAUUGAAGGUAAGCAAGUUAAAACACCAAAGUCUCCCCUAUUUCACGCCGCUCUAUUCCUCGUGUAAGUAGCUACCAAGCAGAAGUUACACGAAAAACCCGGGUUUUUUGUUUCAGAUAUCAAGGAAGUCUUCGACCUCUUCGAUUUCUGGGAUGGUCGCGAUGGCAUGAUCGACGCCGUGAAGGUCCCAGAUCUUCUUCGAUGUGCCGGAAUGAAUCCAACCAUCAAGGUUUGCUUGAAGCACGGCGCAACAAAGAAAACGGGUACCUUUCAUUUAUUUAUUUGCCGGAAAUCAAAACAGUUAUCUUCAAUAUUUUAAAGUUCAUGCCUCUGCUUAUUUAUUUCCCUUGUAUAUGUACUGUGUUACUCUGAACGCUAUAGAUAAACAUUGACGGUUCGACCAGUAAAAGCGUAUUAAACAGCAUAGCAUGUUUAAUUUAAACAGUUAGUUGCAACCAACAAUCUAGAUACUGUUCUUCGUCGUUCACCACGGUUUUUAAACCAAUUUUCUCAGAAGAGUACUAUAGUGGAACUGCAAUUCCCGGAAUUUUACAUGCCCCUAAUGUGGCCGGAUUGCCUGGCGAUAAAUUCCACGGCCGUCCCAAUUUCUGCUGAAGCACAAAACGCUUCUAAUUUUCGAAAAACAACACGAUUUUAAACCACAGUGCUGGUUGUUCUGUGUGCCUGUCCUUCGUCUUGCACACUUUGUAAUGUUUCCAGACGAAGGCACCGUUUUGCUUUAUUCUGAGGAUUCGAGUCCCUUAGGCAUAAACUGGCCUUUCUGAGGUAGCCUGCUGCACUUUAGGGAAAGAAAGUAUUCAAGAACGAAAACAUUAAAGAACCGAAAGAACUGUUCGCUUUCUCUGAGUUACCACAGCACAUCAGAGGCAUAGUGCCGGAAAACAAUCGACAUCUGAAUACAUAAAAUUUAGGCGAACGUAGACUGUCUCUGUAUGAUUUAUAUGCACUGGUCAAUCUUCGCCCAUAUUAUGCUUCCCUUAUUUCGAUUCCCCAACGAUCCAAUAAACAGGUGAGAAACAAUACAAAUUUGACGAGUUCUUGCCAAUUUACGACUCGAUUAUCAAAGAGAAGGAGGGAGGCACCUUCGCUGACUAUAUGGAAGCCUUCAAGACCUUCGACCGUGAAGGACAGGGCUUUAUCUCCGCAGCCGAGCUGCGACACGUCCUCUCUGGCUAUGGUGAGCAUUAAAUUUGUUUUUUAAUGACAUUUCGUGUAGGUGAGCGUUUGGAGGAUAAUCAGAUCGACGAGAUUAUCAAGCUUACCAAUCUUCAUGAAGAUCUUGACGGGAAUGUGAAAUAUGAAGGUAGCCUUCUUAAAUAACAAUAGUUUUCUUUGAACAAUUUCGGUUUCAUAUAUUUGAUAAUAAUGACAUAUUUGGAAACGCACGUUUCCGAAAUACAUUGCGUUUUAUUAUGUUAAGGAGGGAGAAAUUUAAAUUUAAUGGGGACAUUAUCAAGUAUUUUAUUGCGCGAUUUGUCUGAGAGCUGCACUGACCCUUAACAGUUGUUGUGAAAAUAAGGCAACACCCAAUGAGGUCACCUAAAUAUACGCAGGCGACUUUCGCAAGCGUCGGCAUUAAUUCGGUGAAGCCUUCCUUCACCUAAUGCCAGGCUGCAUCAUCAGUUGUGACGCUCUUCUGGAUUAAAGAGCGACGGCUUACGACCAACUGGUAAACAAUUAAGCAUCAAAUGCAAUCCAAAAAUCAGUUUCUUGUCGUCAUGCUGACAUCGUGAGGUCAAUAAGGUCAAAAUGCCCCUUCUUUUCAAAAGUAAAUGUGAAAUGUAUCUUGCUGGAACAAAGGUUACAGAAAAAAACUUUGUUUCCGUGUCUCGGCUUUGAGACACUGUAACAAAAGAUUAGUCCAAAAUAAUGUAAGAGUGCGGUUCUGCAGAGUUUGACAGAAUUCUCAACAAUAACACUGAAAGGACUGAUUUGUGAUGCCUUUGAUCUUUUCUUUUUAGAAUUUAUCAAGGGCGUCCUCGAAGGCCAGCCGAAAUAA